AUGCUCCUUUUUUCUUCAAUAUUCUUCUGUUUUUCCAUUUUGGUGACUUUUAUAAAGUCUGAAGAGACAAAAGGUUAGAUUUUCUGGAAAUAAAGAUUAGCUUAAAAAUAGGGAUUGUUUUAGUUGGAGUUCCUGGAACUGAAUGUUUGUUUGGUGGAAUUUGUUCGGGUGGUUCGGUUUGCAUUGAUAUUUUAUGUUUAUGUGUGGAUGGACAACGAGAGUGGAAUUAUGAAUGUGUUGAGAAUGAUGUUUAUGAAAAAUUCGAAAAAGGUGAUUGAAAAAUUUGUGUUUUUUCAAAUAUUUGGUGCGAAACUAGACAAUCUCUUCAGAAAUUUUUCAAAAUAAUCAAAUCUGAAUAGAAAUAUGAGCAAUUGAUUAGAAAAAGUUUUUUGAAACUCCCACUUUAAUGCGAAUUAUUCUUUUUAGAGUUACAACAUAUUGCUUUAUAGAAAACUAGAAGGGCUUCGCUGGCUAACGCCAUCUACAGUAGAAAUGACUAAAAAUAUUCGACUAUGAGAGAAAUUAGAACGAUCAGAUAAGAAACGUGGCCUAAUAAUUUUUUCGAAUAAAAACGUGAUCAUUCUUUUUUGCAUGAAAAAAGUUUUGAUUUUUCACGUGAAAACACGCGCAUUCUUUGAAAAAUCGAAUAUUAGCGCCUCGAUGGGAAAGAAUUUGAGAUCAAAUGGUGAAGGUCCCAUCAAAAAUGAUCUUCUGGAAAUUGAGAAAAGUCGAGCGACACAUUUUAAAUCCGAAAAAUACAUUGAGAUUUUCAAUCUUUUCAUUCUCCGCGCACUCACAGACAUUUUGAGAAAGAAUGAAUAGGAAGCGCAUCGAGCUGCCAACAUUUAGAAACUUUUUCUUUUUUUGAUCAUCACUUUUUAUGCGCACAGUUUUGAGAACGGGACCCGGACACACUAUUGCCAAAAAAAUUUUCCCAAUUAGUAUAUUAUUAUAGAAAAUUUAAAUAUUUUUUUUUCAUAUUCAGAACACCAAGCAACAACAAAUGUGGUGACAUCAAGUUUGGCAACAAUUGGUUUAGCUGGACACGCGUGCGGAAUGGGUGGAGUAUGUCGUCCAUCAACAAAAUGCAUUGAUGGAACUUGCAAAUGUAGUCAAGGAUAUAAUCCAUCAUUUGGUGAAUGUGUACGCGAUUUGUCUGGUUGGUUAAAAAAUGAGAAAUUGCUCUUAAAUCAAAGAAUUUUUUCAGUGCCCAGACAACUGCCACGCGAGUUCAAACCAGAUUUUAAGUCAUUAUUGAGAUUUCCUUCUUGA